GUAUUGUUGUCUUAAAUAUUAUAAGCAUGUUCUAUAUAUGGCAGAUUAGCAGUCUCUAAUUACAGUGACUCAGUUUUGGGUUUCAGCUCCUUCACCGGCGACGAACCUGAGAUCUUUGAGAUCUAACAACCAACCUCCGCCACUCUUUCUCCGGUGAAACACAGCACAGCACACAGGGGAAAUGAGGCAUGGUGGUGGUUUCAGAAGGAGACGGGUUUCGAUACAAUCCUUCGUGGUGGUCUGCGCAAUCUUCGCCGCAAUGGGUUUGUUUAUGCUUAAUCUCAGACCCGUUGAUCCUCCCACCACUCAUAACUUUCUUGUCAAGCUCUCAGCAACUCGUGAUUUUCCUGUUCCUGAAAUCGAUGAGACAACCAAGAAGGGAACGAGGCCGUGUGCGACGGUGGAGGAGAUGGGAGAGGAUUUUAGAGAUGGGUUUUGGAGGAGUAGUCUUAGGGUUAGAAGAAUUAUCGAUCAACACUUUGAUCUCAACGGUGCUCAGAGAAUCCGAAAUCUUUCUCCAGAGAAGUUCUGCCAACAUGGGUUUGUAUUGGCCAAGGCAUCAGAGGCUGGUCUUGGGAAUGAAAUGUACAAGAUUUUAAGUGCUGCAGCAUUGAGUAUAAUGUUAAAUCGGUCCCUGAUCAUUGGGCAAACCAGGGAAAAAUUCCCUUUCGGGGAUUACAUUUUGUAUUCCAAUGUUUCCUUUACCUUGAAGGAAAUUAAGCAUCUAUGGAGACUCAAUAAGUGCGAGAAAAAAUACGGAAGACGUCUUGCUAUAAGAACUGAUAAUUUUGAGAAGCCAAUGCAAACAAAUGUUCUUUGUAGCAAUUGGAGGACAUGGAAGCAACCAAUCAUUUGGUUUCAAGGUACAACAGAUGCUGUGGCAAUUCAGUUUUUCUUGAAGAAUGUACAUCCCGAUAUGAGGUUUGCUGCUAUUGAUUUGUUUGGAAAGUCAGAGGUUCUCCAAUCCCGGCCUAAUGUAUUUGGAGAACUUAUGAGAGUUCUCAUAUCUCCUUCAAAGAAUAUCGAGGAAGCUGUAAACUGGGUUAUUGGAGGUGGAGCUGAUCCUGAUAUUUCGUUGCAUAUGCGGAUGCUCAUGAACAAGUCUGUAAGAGCUGUACAGGCUGCACUGAACUGCAUUACGAAAGCCAUUCAUAAUCUUAACACGACAUCAAGGCCCAGAGUGGUUGUAGUUUCAGAUACUCCUUCCCUUGUGAAAAGCAUUACACCCGAUAUCAGUAAAAUUGCUGAGGUUCUUCAUUUCAAUUACGAAAACUUUAGAGGGAAUGUAUCGAUGCAUGUAAAUCGUUUGCAAGGUCCUGAUUUUAGAGUAAAAGAUUGGGGACCGGCACCCAGAUGGGUUGCCUUUGUGGAUUUCUUUCUUGCAUCCCGAGCAAAACAUGCUGUCGUUUCUGGGGCUCAUAGGCGUGUUGGUACCACCUAUGCUCAGUUAAUUGCCGCACUUGCUGCAGCUAACAGUUUAGGUGAUAACUCUACUAGCUCUAGUUUCUACUUCUUAAGUAGCUUCCAACGGAACUUGUUGAGAGAAGGUUUAAGAUUUCAGAUUGGAUGGGGACAUGUCUGGAAUCGUUAUGCAGGGCUCCUAAGUUGUCACCACCAACCUAACCAAUGUGCUCUUACACCCCUUCUUCCGCCUGCGUGGUGGGACGGCAUUUGGCAAUCUCCUCUUCCCCGGGAUGUUCAUAAGUUGGAAGACUUUGGGGUUCAGCUAUCUGGGUUCGGUACAAUCGACGAAACUCAUCUUCAAAAUUUCUGUAAUUCAAGAAAAAGUGUUGUGAAAACCAUUCCAAUACCAUUGUAAGAGUUGGCACACUCAUUUUCUGUGUGUUUGUUUUGUGUGAAACUUAUAUUGAAAUUUUUUAUUGAAAAAUUAUGUUUUUGUCUAUAAAAAAUUUAUUCUUAUUCUAUCUUUUUAAUUUCCUAAUAAUAUUUUUUCUUCAUUUCAAUAAUACAAU